UUGGAGGACUGUCAACAGCAAGAGGAUGGCAUCAGAGCUGGCAAUGAGCAACUCCGACCUGCCCACCAGUCCCCUGGCCAUGGAAUAUGUUAAUGACUUCGAUCUGAUGAAGUUUGAAGUGAAAAAGGAGCCGGUGGAGCCCGAUCGCAGCAUCAACCAGUGCAGCCGCCUGGUCGCCGGGGGAUCCCUGUCUUCCACCCCGAUGAGCACGCCUUGCAGCUCGGUUCCCCCCUCUCCAAGCUUCUCUGCGCCCAGUCCGGGAUCAGGGAGCGAGCAGAAGACGCACUUGGAGGAUUUCUACUGGAUGACCGGGUACCAGCAGCAGCUGAACCCCGAGGCUCUGGGCUUUAGCCCAGAGGACGCCGUAGAGGCGCUGAUCAGCAGCAGUCACCAGCUCCAGACCUUUGAUGGCUAUGCCAGAGGGCAGCAGUUCGGCGGCGCAGCCGGGGCAGCGGGCGCCAUGGCCGGGGAGGAGAUGGGGUCAGCGGCCGCCGUGGUGUCCGCGGUCAUCGCCGCAGCCGCAGCCCAGAACGGCGCCCCCCACCACCACCACCAUCACCACCACCACCACCACACAGGGGCACACCACCCGAGCUCCGGCUCGCAGUCCGGCGGCGGCGCGGGGGGCAACCACCAGCACCUGCGCCUGGAGGAGCGCUUCUCGGACGAGCAGCUGGUGACCAUGUCGGUGCGGGAACUGAACCGGCAGCUGCGGGGGGUCAGCAAGGAGGAGGUGAUCCGCCUGAAACAGAAGAGGAGGACGCUAAAGAACAGAGGCUACGCGCAGUCCUGUCGGUACAAGCGGGUCCAGCAGCGGCACGUCCUGGAAGGGGAGAAGACGCAGCUCAUGCAGCAGGUGGACCACCUCAAGCAGGAGAUCUCCCGGCUGGCCAGGGAGAGGGACGCCUACAAGGAGAAAUACGAGAAGCUCAUCAGCACCGGCUUCAGAGAAAACGGAGGCUCCAGCAGCGACAACAACCCUUCAUCUCCAGAGUUUUUCAUGACGUCGAGAAAAUUCCUCCAUCUGUGAUAGAGACCCGUGUUCUCUUGGUCCCGCCAGCCUGGAGACGGAGAUGUCUUAACCCUGGAAUGCUGUUUCUUGAACAACCUACGGCACCUGGACUGCCAUAAAGCACAAUGUCUCAAAAAGCUCCCCACCCCUCCCAGCGGCUUUGAGAAAACCAGUCCACAGAAAAACCCCAAAUUCAGAGUUCAACACUAAAGAUCGUGAUUUAAAAACUAACGAGGAGCCGGAAAUUCUGUUUAAAACAGCAAAGGAAGACACACCGAAACGAAACACCUUGUAGUUGUAAAUAAAACUCGCCACCGUCUCRAUUCAGAUUGCCAAAAAAAUCAUUCCACAUAUCUCCACGUUUUAAUUAUGUCUUUACAGAGUACAAAUGAAAGAUAGUUCAGUUUGAUAAAAGAAAAAAAAAACAAUUAAGCCCACCCCUACAAAUCAGGAGGUUGUAAAUACUGUACAGACAACAAAUAGGGACGUUGAUAAGAAAUAAAAUUAUUGCAAAUAAUGUAUAUAGCCAUAACAACCAUACCUCUAGUCUGUUUGUAUACCCAUGAGUGUCCGAUGCCCACUCGUUUUUAUUUCUUUUUG